AUGGCUGCCAAUGCCGAACCCUCAACGCAAGCAGCGCCAAAUAUGACGCCCGAGUACGAGGUCAAGCUUCUGCUCAAACCCACCGCUGUCCUCGGCCCAGAUAAGGAGCUUAAGAGCACCGUCCUAUCGACCUUCGAUAUGCCUCCAAGCGUCACUAAGCAGAGUAUUCAGUUUCUCGACACGGACAGCAAGGACAUCUAUACCGCCGGCUGGAGCGCACGCAUCCGCAAGACUGAGAACGACGAUGGUUUGGAGCUGACGUAUAAGAAGCGGUAUGCCAUCAUGGGCGGUGACAUCGACGCCGCGCUCACCACGGCUAAUAACGAUGGUUUCGACGCCGGUGACGUGAAGUACGAGGCGCAAGUCGAAUGGGGCUAUCAGAAGCAGACGCUCUCUAUCAGCCGCAAGAAGAAGGUGGCAGAGUCUACGAACAGCGAGAUGGAUCUGCCGGGGGAGUCAAACUCGCGUGCAAUGUUAAUUGACGAAGCACCUGAUAAGUUCGAUGACUGGCAAGGCAACAACUGGGGCACUAGCAUGUUGAAAGAGUCGCGUAUAUUUGGGCCGGUCCGCGCCAAGCGCUCCGUUGGCAAGUGGGAGGGGAUGCGGCUCUACAUCGAGGUUUGGCCUAUUGGCCAACGCGCGAGCACUGAAAUCGAGUACCUCGUCGAGGCAUCGUUCAAGACUGAGAGCCGCAUGACAGCCUCGGCAAAGCACGACAGCUUUAUCUCCUUCCUGCAGGACAAGGGUUGGUUUCUCUGCAAGGACUCACUAAAGACGCAGCUCAUCAUGGAUCGUUAUUAA